AUGCCUUCUCCGAAGCUUCCCAAUGGUACUGACAACCGAUCCACUUUUUCAAUACCUGCCUCUUCUACACCUGACUCGCUCAUGACCCCUCGAGCAAGUGCCUGGGUGCAUAGUCUUGAUCUAGAGCCCUUACCUGGCUCGAGGCCCACCCCUCCCUCGCAAACCCCCAUCUCUGCUCCAUCGUUGGCUGCUCUGAGUGAUGCUUACAGAGAUGAACCUCAAGGACGAUCGAUCUUUGUACCACCUACGAAUCACCAAACCAACGGCUCCGCAUCAUGGAGCCCCGCGGCGCUUCUCGAUCCUCGGCGCGCUGGUCGACCGCAGCCUGCGCCUCGACGUCAAGGCCUCGGCUCGUCGCAUUCCCAGCCAACCCUCUCGGCUGAGCCGUCGUCUCUCUUCUCGACACCCGGAACCUCGAACGUCACCGACUCUACUCCUGCCAAUAGCACUCCUUCUCUGACCCCGCGCUCAGACGUCCCAUCUGACAUGACCCAGCAAUCGUUCGUCUUCAACUUUGACUCACCAGAGCCUUCUGCAGACCAGGCUACACCUAUCGCUACCCCUUCCUCCACUGCUCCGGGCAUGGGAAAUAUGAUCGAACGCAUGAAUAAUGUGCAGGAGCGAGCCUUCGUUGUCCCACCAUCAAAAAAGCGGAGGAUUGACGAUGUCGAUGCCUCCAACGGGAAAAAAGCUGUGAUAAAAAGUGGCGGCGGCAUUCUGGGCGAAGCCGUUAGAAAUCAAACUCCGACCCAUGGCGUGCCUGCUUUAAAUAGUAGGGCGCAGACGGUCGACUUGACGGAAGGUGAUGACGAUGUCGAGGUGGUCCAAAGCCCCCAGGACGAGGAAGUCUGCUACGGCAUGCUUAAUGCGAAGCUCGUGUGCUUCAAGGUGCCUUCUCCGAAGCCGGGAGCGCUAAGUCUCUUUGGCCCUCAGUGGGUACCACUUGUCAAAAUCGUCCUGAAGAGACUCUCGGGAGAUAAGACGACAAGGAUCCAGGCUUAUGACCAUACGAGGGAAAUCAUUGGCAACGUGGACCCUGACACAUCCGCCGGACUUGCAACGCUUCUAGACACGACCAUGAAGAUACGCACGGACUGUCGAAUUCCCUCAAGGCAGAGGAAGGCUGACGAAAUACCGGGAGCUCCGAUAUCUAGAGCUUACCCCAUAGACCUUGUUCUCUACGGCCCGCUCAAGCAUGCUAAAAGCGUUGGGAAGCACCUAUCUAGGUACAACUUGCAGCUUCACAGCCCUAAGAUGGUUCAGAACGGCAUCAAGGUGUUCAAUCCCCACAUACAAGAGUACAAGCCGCCGCCGCAAAGGACCUAUGGUGGCCCUCAAGGUAGUAGCUCCUUUGCUGUACCUACUCUCAGAACCGUGGAGGAAGUCCGGAACGAAGUCAUGUCAGUCUUCGACUCGCUCGCAGAUACCCAGCAUCUUCCGGAAGCUCCAACUCCACCCAGCGUCCAAACCCCGCUUUUGAAACACCAAAGGCAAGGCCUAUACUUCAUGAAAUGCAGAGAAUCACUAGAAACCGUAGAAGGCACGGGUGGCAGCAUCCCGUCCCUCUGGAAGAGGCGAAUGAACGAGCACUUACAAAUGGCCUACGUCAAUGUCAUUACUGGCCAAUGGGCAACUCAUCCACCGGAGACACGGGGGGGUAUCCUUGCUGAUAUGAUGGGUCUCGGAAAGACGCUGAGCAUUCUCGCUCUUAUCGUCAACUCUCUUGAUGAAUCUAAGAAAUGGGGCGUGAAGACUCCGGUUCAGCCAAAGACUCCAAAGCCCCACGGCCACGGCCACGGCCACGGUCACGACAACAGUCACAACCCUCCAGCCCAAGGACAAGCUCUAGGCCUAACGCGGCUCGUGAGGAACACAAAGACUACCCUACUAGUCUGCCCGCUAAGUACCAUUACGAAUUGGGAAGAGCAGAUAAAGCAGCACAUCAAACCGGGUGCCAUAAAGUACUACGUUUACCAUGGGGCCAACCGUAUCAAGGACUUGCGUAAACUGUCCGAGUUUGACCUUAUCCUGACUACCUACGGCUCUGUCUCGAGUGAGCUCAGUGGCCGCAAGAAGAAGAAGCAGGGUCCGUUUCCCCUCGAGCAGCUGGGAUGGUUCCGGAUCGUCUUGGACGAGGCGCAUAUGAUUCGGGAGCAGUCCACGCUUCAGUUCAAGGCAAUUUGCAGGCUCCAAGCUGAUCGUCGAUGGGCGGUGACGGGUACUCCGGUCCAGAAUCGGCUUGAUGACUUGGCCGCUCUGCUCGCCUUCAUCCGCCUAAAGCCGUUUGAUGAUAGAAGCAAGUUUGUGCACUACAUCGUCGAGCCUUUCAAGUGUUGCGACCCGGAGAUCGUACCGAAGCUGCGCAUUCUCGUCGACUCGGUGACUCUUCGCCGACUCAAGGAUAAAAUUGACCUCCCACCACGGACCGACCAGAUCGUCAAGCUUAAUUUCUCUAAGGAGGAGCGGUACAUAUACGAUUUGUUUGCCAAGAAUGCCCAAGAUCGCGUGCGGGUGCUAGCAGGGCAUGGCAUAGAAAAGGCAUUGGGCGGUCAUACGUACAUACACAUAUUGCGAGCCAUUUUGCGCCUCCGACUUAUCUGCGCCCAUGGCAAGGAUCUCCUCAACGAGGACGAUCUCGCCGCGCUGCAGGGAAUGACGGCUGAGACGGCUAUUGAUCUCGAUAGCGACGAGGAGCCCGAUGAUACGGUUUCACCACUGCCGGAGCGAAAGGCAUACGAAAUGUUUGAGCUUAUGCAAGAAACGAACAAUGACUCGUGCAUAAGCUGCCAGAGGAAGUUCGGGGCCGAUGAUAGCGACAAUAUUGAGUCGGAAGGGCAGGAAGAUCUGAUGGGCUAUAUGAACCCUUGCUUCCAUCUCAUCUGCCCCUCAUGUGUCAAGUCGUUCAAGGAGCAAUCGACAGCCGCCAUGCAACCCCCAAUGACCCGGGGUCCCUGCCCUGCCUGCGGUACUUGGGUUCAAGUUUACCUGGUUGAACUGCGACGGUCAAAGACAAAUGUGGAACACGAUGGAGGACCGGCGAUUAAGUCUAAGAGGCAGACCGGUAAUGGCACUAAGAAGACGUUUGAAGGAUACUCCGGCCCAAGUACCAAGGUCCGGGCCCUGGUAGAGGACUUGCUAAAGUCCAAAGCUGAAAGCGACAUGCAUCCGGACGAACCACCGAUCAAGUCCGUCGUCUUUUCGGCGUGGACAUCUCACUUGGAUCUCAUUCAAAUGGGUCUUGAUGCGGCUAGUAUCGUAUACACCCGACUAGAUGGUAAGAUGUCGAGGCUGGCUCGCGCAAAUGCUAUGGACAAGUUCCGUGACGACCGCACGGUACCCGUCAUCCUCGUCUCCAUCAUGGCCGGCGGUCUCGGGCUCAACCUGACGGCGGGCAGCAACGUUUACGUCAUGGAGCCGCAGUACAACCCUGCCGCCGAGGCUCAGGCGGUUGAUCGCGUGCACCGUCUUGGACAGAAACGACCGGUGCGUACAGUCCGGUACAUCAUGAAGAAUAGCUUCGAAGAGAAGAUGCUUGAGUUGCAGGAGAAGAAGAUGAAGCUCGCGUCCCUCAGCAUGGACGGGCGGGGGAAAGCCAUUGACAAGGGAGAGGCGGCGAGGCAGAAACUCAUGGAUCUGCGAAGUUUAUUCAAGUGA